AUGGGAGCUACUUUUAGUUUUUAAAAUAACCAAACCCCGAUUUAAUAGAAAAGUAGCAAACAUUUUGAGUUAAAUGUGAUCUAAAUCGGCUUUACUUAUAAUAAUAUACAAGUAUUUUUGAUGCAUGAUAUGCUUUUUAAGUUUUUAAAAGUUAAUGAGUUUUUAAAUCCCUAAAUUCUAAUGGUUUGUGAACCCUUCACGGAAGAAAAAAGCCUCUACAUAUGCAUCAUAAAUAGUAUUAAAAAAAAGUAAAGUCGAUACUAUCAAAAUGUCUUCAUCUUAUUCCGCUUCUUAUCUUACAAUGUCUUAUUCCCUUAGGUAAAUCUUCGCUACUGCUACUGA